CUUCGAAUCCUUCCAUUGACAUCCGCGCACCACCACCGCCCUCUCAGGGAAAUUCCUCCUCCAUUCACAUAUUCCGGGAGCCUGCCUAUUCCAUCGACUAUUUCCCCCUGACAAUCCCCGUACUUGAGCCUCCCCGUCACGUUCUUGGCAUCGUCAUACCCUCCCGAUCCGCUCGCUCGCUCCCCACCACCACCCACGAUUUCCCAUCCACACACCACACCCCCCAACAGAACGUGCUCUACAGUACACACACACAUCCCAACCACCAUGAAGGACAAAAACGGCUGGGACGGAAAGCUCCGCGUGGAGCCAAAAGCCACUAUCACGAAUCCAGAGGCCCUGGAAGACCCGGAUUACUCGGAUUCGGAUGCGCCACCGGUCGAGGAAAUUGAGGCCGAUGAGGAUUUACUAGAGGAUGAGGAUCCGGAUGCAGAGGAAAUCGACCUCGUUCAUUGUCGCAUAGGUUCGAUCCCGGCGUUACGGUUGGAAAGAUUCCCCAAGGUGCAGAAAUUAUGCCUUCGACAGAAUCAGAUCUCGCGAAUCGAUUUCCCCACGAGUGUCGCCAAGUCGUUGACGGAACUUGAUCUCUACGAUAACUUGAUAUCGCAUGUGAAGGGGCUGGAUGAGUUUGAGAACUUGACCAGCUUGGAUCUCAGCUUCAAUAAGAUUAAGCAUAUCAAGAAUAUUGCGCAUUUGGUCAAGUUGACGGAUCUGUACUUUGUGCAGAAUAAGAUCUCGAGGAUAGAGGGUGUGGAGACGUUUACGGCGUUGAGGAAUUUGGAGUUGGGGGCGAAUAGAAUUAGGGAGAUUGAGAAUCUUGGUCAGCUGAAGGCGCUGGAGGAGCUGUGGUUGGGGAAGAAUAAGAUUACGGAGUUGAAGAACCUCGACGGCCUCUCCAACCUGCGCAUCCUCUCCAUCCAGUCGAACCGUCUCACGAGUAUCAGCGGCCUGGCGAAUCUGAAGAACCUGGAAGAACUCUACGUCUCUCAUAAUGCGAUCACUGAGCUGAGUGGGCUCGAGGAGAACACGUCGCUGCGCGUGCUGGACUUCUCCAACAAUCAGGUCUCCAAGCUGGAGCAUCUGUCGCAUCUGAAGAACCUGGAGGAACUGUGGGCGUCCAACAACCAGCUUUCGAGCUUCGAUGAGGUGGAGCGCCAACUCCGCGACAAGGAGAAGCUGCAGACGGUAUACUUCGAAGGCAACCCGCUGCAGAUGAAGGCGCCGGCUUUGUAUCGGAAUAAGGUGCGGUUGGCGAUACCGCAUAUCAUGCAGGUCGACGCGACCUAUAUCCGCGUGGCCUAGGUCAGCGAGAAGAGGCCAUUGACAGCAGCAGCAUAGCGCUUAAUCUUCAUCUUCCCGAUCGAUAGCACUUACCUACCUACUAGAAUUACGAUAUACGAAGCAACGUAACGUACUAUACACCCAAACCCAACCCAUAAUAUACAUCCAUCCAU